ACAUGACACCUGUAAUAAUAUAUUGAAUUUGAACUCGCCUGACCUGUUACAGGAGCUUGUGUAUUGUUAUUUUUAGACGGACUCAUGGCUAACCGGAAGUGAUAUAAUGGCAGACGACAGAAAGGGACUCGUUUCAGAACCUUUAGGCGACCACCACGCGGAAUAUUUGCCCGAUACGACGUCAAGGACACAUGAUGUCGAGAGGAACAGGACUGAAUCCCCGGGCCGGCCCUUGAAGUCUGCUGCCUCAUCUGUAGGGCCGAAAUCUUGGGGCAGGAAAUCACGCAAGUCUGAUGCCGAGUUCAGAGAUGGUGUUCAAGGUUUUGAGCGGUACGAGGAACUGUCUGCACGCUGGGACCAGGCCAAACAGGAAGUGCGGCACGAGGACCAUGAGUUGCUGCGGGCAAAGGUUACACUCCAACAGGAACUGAUCCGCAGGCAGGACGAGUAUGCCCAGCAGCUGAGGGCGCUGCAGACAAGCCAGGAGGCAGAGAAGCGGCAGGCUGACAAGGCAAGAAAACAAGCAAAGCAAGAGGAGCUGCUGCAGAUCUGCAAGCAGUCUCUUGUCUCUGAUAAAAAGAAGGAAAAGGGGGAGAGGUCCAAGUUGAAGCAGACGACAAGAACUUCAAGCAGCAGCGCAGACGAUGUCUUUCUCACAUCGACACCGAACUCUCUUCCAUCGUCACCAGUCAAGUCCCCCACAAAGUCGCCCACCACCCCACCCACUCCAGGGGGUCGCCGUAGCAACCCGUUCAGGAUGACCCUUCCCGCGGUGGCCCCAACCCCGGACAUCGGGAAUGACGAAGGCGAUGAUGAGGAAGGAAUGGAUGCAUUUCCAGAUGAUGUUCCUUGGCAUGAGCAGCAGCUCUACAGGCUGUAUGGAAGGAAUGCAGACUACUUCCUGCACCCCAAGUUAGACAAUACGCCCGAGGUCGCAAAGAGGAACAACUCCAAAUUACGCCGACAUGGAGUGGAUGCUCUGUUCCAUCAAUACAAUGAGGAGUCCGAGGAGGGUCGUGCAGGUGCGGAGGUGUUGUGGCAGACUCUGAGGCAAGACUCGAGCCAGCGUCUUCUGAAAGAGGAUGCCAGUAUACCUGCCAGGCUCAAGGAAGCCUAUGGUUCAUUUGCUAGACAGUCAUUAAGAAGAAAUAGACUUCCUGUGAGACGAAUGUUCUGUGUGGAGGAUGAUCUACCCGAGAUGCCACGCCUCCUUGACAACAGCAAAUUACAGCAUGUUCGUAGAAUGCGUCACAAGAUUGACCUGAUGUACAGAGCCUCGGUGUCUAACAAGGACAGGACUGAUGUACUCAAGUUCAACAACCCGCUACCGGAGCUCCACACCGGGGCCACGGGCGUCGACCAGUACCUGCCCUCGUGGCAGGACCAGGAUUCAGAAAGCACAGAGCCAGAAUAUCUUCGCUGGUUGAGGCCUCAGCCUGUGCACGGACAAGACGACCUUAUAGAAGAGGAGCAGGAGGAGAAGGGGGAGCUUGGGUUGCCACGGAAACCACAGGUCACGCAGUCCCUUGACGACAACCUCAUGUUCUUCAUGCAGCGGAAGAAGCACCCGCAGCCAAAACAGAAGUACUUGUUCCUGUCAGAGAAAGAUACGCGGGUGAAGGGGAGUUUCUCUGAGAAGUACAAGGGGGAUAGGGAGAACAAGAACAUACCACGCCCGUACAAGGGCAGCUUGCAGAAGAGCUACUCGGCACUUGGAGGCAUGAUUGCUGAAUCACCGGAACACGAUAAAUCAGAUUCCACGUUACGUUACUCAGCCCCGCUUCCGUACCGUCGGGUCGGGCUACAAGACUACACAAGCUCCUGGGAGCCCCUGAGCAUGCACGCCCUUGUCGAGUACAAGAAACAGAUGAGCACCCUGGGAGACGGGGACUUCAACCUGGGCCGCGCAAAGAUGUGGGCAUCCAUACCCGUUGUUUAGAUGUCCUGCGGUGGAUUAGUUGAAACUUUGAGGGCUUGAAUGUGAAACUGCUGUAGUAGUGUAGAAAAGAAGGAUUUUUUGUUAUGGACAUCCAUCUAACUAGACACAAAAUGAUGGCUUUGAAAAAAAACCAAUUUAAUGAUAAUAAAUGGUAGAGUUGUUAUGCCCAAGCAUCCUUAUUGACUACACAAAGUAUUUAUAUUAUGUUUGAAAGAAGCGUACAGUAAAAUAAAUUUUCCAUGAAAACAAGGCACUUUUGAACUGAAUACAAUCAAAUGUAUUUAUAACAGAAAAAUAAUAGUAUAAAACUAUCAUAUGAGAGAAAACCAUUGCAGCAUGUACACAUAUUUACACUAAAUUAUGUGCUUUUGGCUGUCAUUUUUGUUGUGAAAGGGGUUAUUCAGUUUAUCUGAACAUAUUCAUAUAUUUUAUCUUCUGUAUGCUUUCUAGAUUUGUAUUUCAUAUUCUUUUAGAUGCAUAUUCAGUUUUCUUAAUAAAAGAGCUUUCUGUUAUUGGUUUAUUUUAUAUCAAAUCAAGGAGCAUGCAUUGUUUGUUCGAGUACAUGACAUUUGUUAUCUACCCUUGUAACAGUUGCAUUUUGCAUGAUGAAUUACUCAUUUUGAUGCUACACAAACUAUCAAAUAACAUGUUUAUGUCUUUUCUUUAAAGUUGCCCUUAUUAUAAAAAAAAACAAUCCUGUCAUGUCAAGUUUUGAUUGGAUAUGUAGAUAAAUGGCAUAUAAAAUGUAUCUAAAGACUAAAAAACAAGCAGUUCUAAAUGGAUUUUUUUAGGUAUUUUGUUUAACUUUACAAUUAAGGUUUAUGAAAUGGAAAUAAUUUUAAGAAAGAAUAGUUUAUUGUCUUUAACCUAUUUAUGCUAAUAGUUAUUGUUAUUAUAUUUGUUUGUCAUCUGUCUUUCACUUAGUGCUGAUUUACGUGUUGUUAAAUAUGCUGCUGAUUGUUACAUUUCUUUAAAUGACACUUUUCUGUUUGCUAUGAACAGUAAAUAAUAUUAGCUGUGUCAUGCGAAAAAAAGUCUUAUGCCAUAGGCGGCCAGAGUAGCUUAAGACCAAUAACACAAGCUGAUCAGGAUAUGCCCUGAGACCAAAAACCUUUCAUGAUUAACCCUUUCAGCGCUGAAACUGAAUUUUGAAGGCCGUGGCGUCUCAUCAGGAUCCAAACUGUUAGCUAUUCUGAUAGUAUUCUUUGAAAAAAAUCGAAGAAAAUGCUAAUUUUAGAAAUUCAACAGACAACAUUUUAGCAGACGACAAAUUUCUCAGCAUGCAAAGGGUUAAAUGGAAGAUACAGCAGGUCCUACCCAGACUGCCCAGUCGCGCAGGCUGUACAGCAGCUCCUGACCAGACUGCCCAGUCCCGCAGGCUGUACAGCAAGUCCUGACCAGACUGCCCAGUCGCGCAGGCUGUAUAGCAGGUCCUGACCAGACUGCCCAGUCGUGCAGGCUGUCCUUGAGCUUUGCUUGUCUCAUAUGACAUCUGACUAUCACAUUACACUGCCCAGUCGUGCAGGCUGUCCUUGAGCUUUGCAUAUGUCACAUAUGACAUCUGACUCACUAUCACAUUACACUGCUCAUCUGUCCAUUCAGUGGGUCAUCUGGUAUUAUAUUUCUUGUGUGAUUUUCAUUUUAUCUCUUCCAAGACAGAGAAAUGACUAUUUUUGUAUACUUGGAUAGUAUAAAAUACCAAUACUAUAUUUUUAUAUAAAUAUUUAUUUAUAAAUGUUUAUUUAUUGAUACAUGUAUGUUAUGUUGUGUUCAAUUUUUGUUAGGAUGAUUGGACAGAAAAUUUAAAUGGACACUCUCACAAAGUAAAUAAUUGAUUCUUUAUGUAUGAUAAGAACAAUUUCUCACAAUUAUUCUUAUUUUUUCUACCUGCAAUAUAAGAUUACAUGUUAUAAGGCCCCUGCUAUAUUGUAUAAACACAUUAUUUAUACAAGUACUACGUGUUAUGGUUAUUUUUAAGUAUUCUUAUAAUUUGUUCAUUAAUAGUGCUUGUAUAGUGCUUCAAGUUAACUGUUUCAUGAUUAAUAAUUCAACUUACAUUUUCUGAUAAGAAAAAAUACACUUAAAAUUGAAUAUUGACUAGUACAUUUUUGUUUUUAUAGUAAAAUAAUAUUGAAAUAAUAGUAACUAUACAUAUUCCAUUGCUUUGUGAUAUAUUCGUAUUGUGCUAUGUUGAGAAAGAGAAAAUAUUUACAUAAAUUAUAAAUUUCUAUUCAUUAGAGCCUUAAUUUUAAAACUGGCAUUUUAAUAGUACAGCUUACAAAUUUCACUUUCUAGAUGCUGUAUUGUAAAUUGUAGAUGUUAUUCAGUCUUUUACAUAGUCUUUAUAUUAUUCUAUUUUUUCAUACAUUUGAAGCUCCCUUGUGCACUGCGAAGGUUGAGUUUUUGGGACUGCCAUUUGUCCAUGGAAAUAUUAUACAACAAAUAUUAUUAAAGUCCAGACGGCCCUUUGAGUUUCAGAGAAGGUUUUAAGGUUAUUUACUAUAUGAGGCUAUAUAAAGCUUGUGAUCCCAAGGGCUGGGCAAAUUUUGACCCUAGGGAAAAAAAAUAUUUCAAAUUUAUUGAUAGUACAUACUUACUCUUGUACACAAAUUAACUUUGUCACCUUCGUUCUCUACUUUGUUCACCAUGAAAUUUCUAAAACAAAAGGUUUUUAUUUCGGUUAAUAUUUAUAUUUGCUCUUGCUCUGAAUACUGAACAUUUCAUACCUGAAUUGUGUGUGUAAUGUAUAAACCAAUGAUCUGAUUCCGUCCAUAUCACAUGAUUGUGAUACUUGUCACUGAUUGGUUGGUGCUAUGGCAUCCUAGCAACCAUUAUGUAACCAUAGAAACAUCAUCUUGUACCCGUGUAUAUUUAUCCCCCCCUGCCAACAUCUGUGAUAAUAAAUAGUCUAUCUUA